AAAUGUGACCUACAUGAGGAGUUUUACUGAAACUACACAAGGCCCAUAGACAUAUUCUCCUAUUAGUUUUGAGUCGUUAACAAGUGUACCUGGCUUGUGUUUUCAUCGGUGGCAUCAUCAAUGGUUUAUACUCCCCGGUGGCAUCUCUGGGAACACAGAAGUGACGUCAUUGCCCCAAGCAGGAAGUUUGUGUGUGAGGUCCGUCAGUCGUAUUUGUCCCCCGUAAAAUACGUAGUGUUGGUAGAGAAAUCUAAAACUGCUAUCCAGUCGGAUAUUGGAAAACACGUUUAGUUAAUUCGUGGCAAAAAGACGUGGCAAUACACCAUGCCGUCUGGUAGAAAUUUCAGAAGAAGAAGGGAUGAUUCUUCAGACGAAGAAGAAGACAAAGAAAUAACCAACGAAGUUAGAUCUAAAUUGGACGAAGUCAAAGAAAUCCAGAGUCUACGGAAAAGGCAAACUGGUGUUAGCCUUGCCACUCUUCUUGUUGGAGAGAAUCUUCCUAUGGAGGAUGAUGUAGAGGAUGACCCAUUCAAAAUGAAGACGGGAGGUAUAGUUCACAUGAAGAAAGUCAAAGAACGUAAUAGAGACAUGACAGAAGAUGACAAUGACCUUAACCUGGGGACGUCAUUUUCUGCGGAGACGAACAGAAGAGAUGAAGACGCUGACAUGAUGAAGUACAUUGAGACGGAGCUGAAGAAAAAGAAAGGAGUGGUGGAGGACGAGGAGCAGAAGGUCAAAGUGAAGAACCCAGAGGACCUCCUGUAUGAGCUCCCCGAGAACAUCCGUGUCAACUCCGCUAAGAAGACAGAGGAGAUGUUGUCCAAUCAAAUGCUGAGUGGCAUCCCGGAGGUGGACCUGGGGAUUGAUGCAAAGAUCAAGAACAUCAUCUUCACAGAAGAGGCCAAAGCGAAGCUCAUUGCCGCACAGAAGAAUAAGAAGAAAGACAACGGGACGUCUUUUGUUCCAACGAACAUUGCUGUGAAUUAUGUCCAGCACAACCGAUUCUUUCACGAGGACCAUAAUGCUCCUCAGAGGCGCCGCCAUGAGGAGCCGAAAGCCAGACCUCUGCGAGUAGGGGACACGGAGAAACCAGGACCUGAGAUUGAACCACCCAAUCAACGCAAAAGACCGAAUCACGAGAAGGCCACAGACGACUACCACUAUGAGAAGUUUAAGAAGAUGAAUCGCAGAUACUGACGAGCUGGGCAGUAAUCAGCUUUCCUAGUUUUGCUUUUUCUUAAUGUCUUUGUUUCUUGUUGUAAAUGUAUAGUAUUAUUCACAUGAUGUAUACCAUUGCUCCAUUUCCCAUAUCUGGUGUUGUUGGAUAUGAUUUUCUUAUUGUAUCACUUUCAGGAGUGCAUUUUUACCCUUGUGUCAGCAGAAACUGCUUCAUUUCUUUCUAGCUUUCAAAAUAAAUCUCCCCAAAUUGA